CAAUCGCGAGCCGUCGACUGCUAUCUAGCUUCCCCGGAUGUUACUCGAAGCGCCACCCGGCCUUUAAUCUUCCCUUUUCAGGUGACAAGAAGAGACGCUUCUUUCGCUUCCGCGCUUGCUGAGGGGGGCUGCGUGUGCGCCUGCGCUCGGUAAAGGAGGGGUCUUCCCGCCCAGCGGCCUAACUGCUGCGCCCUUCUCUCGCCGCCAUCUUGUUCCUCUCGCUUCAAACCAGCGACUCCCAUCCAGCCUUGAAGCGGCCGCCGGUCUCCGCCGGGAAGGAACAUGGCGUGGCCCAAGCCGGGGAAAAGCCACCGCCGCGUCCUCAGCCAUCCCCGAAAGGCCUCCGGAGCGGCCGGGCGACGCGGGGCUGAAGCGCUGAGGUGAGCAGCCCUGGGCGCACCCGUCACCAUGGAGCCGAGCAGGGAGCAGGAGCAGGCGGUCCCUCGCCUCGGCGCUCGCCCGACCGCCUUGCCGCCGCAGCCGGAGGCCGACGCCCCGUUCUCGCUGCUGCGGCUCUUCUCGCAGCUGCUGCAGCGCCUCGUGCCGGGCCAGGCCGCUCCGCUCUUCUGGCUCCAGUCGGAGGCCCACGCCACAGGGCUGCCGCCGCUGAUCGCCGUCCAGCACCAGCUGCGCCUGGUCGCCUCCUCCUCCUCCACCUACGUGCUCGGCGCUGCAGACAAGGGCUCGCUGCCGGGCCCUCUCAGCGCUGCUUGGGAGGAGCUGCCCGAGCCCCGCUCCCCGCUCUCUAAGCUCCCCGAGAUCCUCCAGCAGGUGCAUCUGCGCGGGAGCAAGGCCGGGCUCGGCGCGCAGGACCCCGACGGAGGCUACUAUAGCUUGGAGGUAGAGGAGCAGCAGCAGCCGGACUCCUGGGCCCCGAGAGACUCGUUGCCUGCAGAUGACCGGGAGGAGGAAGCUCAGGAGCACCCAGGCUCCGGGGAUGCCUGCGGGCGUCCUGGUGCGGGGGGUCCGUGCGGGGAGGAGGGUCUUUCCGAGGCCCCGUCCGACUCGGACUCGGACAUAGAGCAAGAUAUCCCUGCGGUGACUAGGCCUGCGUGUCCUAACAAACUGAUCGAUUACAUCCUAGGGGGUGCUUGCAGCGGGGAGGAGAGCGAUGGGGAGGAAGAAGGCUCGGGCGGUGAAGGGGAUGAAGACGACGACGACGACGGGUUUGACAGCGAAGGCUCCCUUUCCGAAUCCGAUGCCGCAAGCCAGGAUGGGGAAAACAUUCACUUGUGGAACUCCUUUUGUAGCCUGGAUCCUUACGAUCCUCGGAAUUUCACAGCAGCUGUUCGAACUGCUGGGAACACACCCGAGGAAGCGCCUCCUGUUGAGUCAGAGGAGGUGGAGGAUACUUCCUCGUGGACUGAAAGUUCCUGGGAGGAAGAUGAGUGGGAGUCCAGCAGCGUGGAUGAAUCGGAAAACUUGAAAUUGUGGAACUCUUUCUGUAACGCUGAGGAUCCUUACAACCCUUUCAACUUCAAGGCACAGUUUCAGACUGCAGAAAAGAAAGGGAAAAAUGGCUUGAAAGGACCGACAGGGACAGGCCUUGGACCCUCUCAAUGUAGCAUCUUACUUAGCUGUCAGGUGCACCUGAUCGGUAACAGAGACACUGAGGUUACGGAAAAUGUGAAGCAUGGUGUCCUUUCUAGAGGAAAGUGUAAGAAGAAGAAAAAGGUGACCUUCCUUGAAGAAGUUACUGAGUAUUAUGUGAGCAAUGAGGAAGAUCGGAAAGGACCCUGGGAAGAAUUUGCACGUGAUGGGUGCCGGUUCCAUAAGCGAAUUCAAGAAACUGAGGCUGCUAUUGGAUAUUGCUUAACAAUGGAGCACAGGCAGCGAAUAUUUAAUAGACUCCAGGAAAUGUUGUGAAAUUAUGUUUUCUAGCACCUUAAUAAAGUAUAAAAAUAAAAGGGUAAUGCAUUUUAAUGACACAUGAGCUUCUUAUUACAAUGGCAGCUGCCUACAUGAUGUAAAAGUUGGGGGCAGUAGUAAUUUAAUGCUGCAUCUCAGUACUCUGCAACAGAUAAUGCUGUAUGUGUAUGGAUGCAGGCUCCAUUUGGUAUCAUCAGGCAUGAUUAGUGCAUAACUGUUCCCUUCUAAAGCCAAGUGUAUCUGCUUUGGCAGAAGCCAAUCCAGAGAUGCUUCUCUCUGCAUGUGCAAAGAGUGCUCUCUCACAUAUAAGAAAGACAAAUGUAUGAGUGUGGAUUUUUUGCACUUUUUAAAAGGGAAAAUAUUUUGAAGUAUAUUUAUUGGGUUUGGAACCCAUCAAUGCAGUUCUGAUUUAAAGUUUGCAUAUUGCAGUCUAUUCUUUUUUAUUUAGAGCUUGUGUAUAAUAGAAAUUGCAAAUCUUAUAAUAGUACAGUGGUAGCUCGGGUUGCAGACGCUUCAGGUUACGUGAAUUCAGCACCGCGCUGAAUCCGGAAGUACGGGUUACUUCCGGGUUUCGGCACUCACGAAUGCACAAAAGCACUGAAUCGCAACCCAUGUGUGCGCAGACGCGGCGCUGUGGGUUGCGAACGUGCCUCCCACACGGAUCACGUUCGCAGCCCGGGGUUCCACUGUAUAUCAUUCUUGAAUCAAAUAUUACCCAUCCUAUAUGUAUGUAUUUCUCAUACAGUCUCUAAUGUUCAAAAAGACAAGAAUGAUACAUGUUUGUUACAUCUUUAGUUUUAAAGUAUUUGCUUGUUCCAAGUCAUUUGCAAUAAUCUGCCUCUCAAACUGUACCAUACUUGUCUCUUAUGAUCAACAACCUGAAUUUAGGCUGCUGAAAGAAGGUAACUGUAGUGUCACUCUUAAGAAUGGAUUGCUUAAAUUCUAAGACAGUUCUGCUUAUACUUCUUGGACAGUGCCCAGCUAACACAUCCUGUUAGUUGAAGGAAUUCUGCUUGUAUAAUAGGAUUCCCCCCCUCCUCCCCCACCUGCACCUAAUGCCAUCCCCAAAUUACUCUGGAGGGUUGGGGGAACCCCUACAACAGAUUUAGGGGGCAGUAUCAUUGGCACAAGUGGAAAUUCUUACACUGGUGGGACUGUGACAUAGCAUUCCUUUGGCUACAACCCCAAUUCACACAGGCACCUAUAAUCAGCUGAGCACUGUGGAAAGAAUAAAGCAAGAUGUUAAUUUGAUUAGUGUCUGCUCUAGUACACAGAUAUAUCUACACUCAUAGUAAAUAGGAUUUAGUCGUUAACAAUUUGUAAUUCCCAUCAGCUAUGAUGUUUACAAAAAAUCAGUAUUAAUGCAAUUGUUCACAAUAGCAUCAUAACUGGUUGUAAGUCUAAUUCAGCAUCUAAUUCUUAAUGCAUUCAUGUGAUUGGGGAUGCAUCACGUUAUGUAGCUAUUGGUCAAAAAUUCUGUUUGUGUUACCAAGAGUUGGAUGUGUGUUUGCAUUACAAACAAUGACUUCAUGGCCUAGAUAAAAUAGCUCAGAGUCCAGAGAUUUUGGAGUAAAGCUCAGUAUGCUACUUAAUAGUACAACUAAAAAUAGUGCUCUGUUCCUUCUGAUUUAAAGCCACACAAACAUUAAUUGGAACCAUUUUGCCCUAUUUAUACCCUGAACUUUUUCAGUUGUAAAUUCUAAUUGGAUAAGCAGUUCUCUUUACAAAAAUAAAUCAAUACAAUACACAUGGAGGGAGGUGUUUCUGAUACAGAGGUGUUUCUGAUUUUUGAUAGCUUUCAUUCACAGUGUGCUUUAUUUUAGACAAUGCUUAUUUUGAAGUGGUAUUUUUUAAGCAGGUUGAGUUGUCAGCAAUGGAACUCUGGAUUAGGCUAAAUGAAGAGGGGCAAGGGAAUAUUUCUCUUUUAAGGGCUGCAUUCAUUUGGAGGUAAUAUGAGAAUAGAUGCUAGCAAUAUGUGUAGCCUCCCCCUUUUCUCUAGCAAAGUGCAUCUCCCAUCUCCCUGUGUUCAGCUCAUUACAAAGUGGCAGGAUCAUCUUUCUAUAGAUUAAUGAUUACACUGAAAAUAGAAAAUCUUCCCACUUUGAUACUGUUUUUUACUAGUCACCUGCAGAAUACUGGGUAGAAAGGAGAUUCUGGUUCUCAAUUUGAAGCCAUAAAAACAGGACAGCAGACUUCCUGAAAUAGAAUUAGUCCAUUCUCUUUCUGUAGAAACAUUUAAUGGUGCUAAAUGUGGCAAUGAAGUAUGUCUUUCAGCUCGUCCCCCCCCCCUGAACAGCAAGUCAUGAAAACCCACUACUUCUAAAACUUUAAAUCAAAACCGUAAUUGAUCAGAAUUUUAUUUUUAUAUUGUUUUAGGAAGGCAAAGUUAAGAGCCAGAUAACCUUUCACUUUAUACAGAUUUAAGUGAAUUUGAUUGUAUCUCAUUGGGAUUUUAUAUUUAAAGUUAUAUUUCUGUAUAUAAUAAAACAAUUUCCAACUAAUCUGUAAAAGUAAUAAAUACUUUGCAAGCUA